CGACCACAAGUUAUCGGAUAGUGACCAGAAUUUAUAAACAACUUCAGGGACAUUUGUUUAUGUACUUUAUUAUUAAAAAUGACUAAAAAAGGAGUAAUUAUUAAGCGCAAAAGUGCUUAUCUCGUGAGGACUCUUGCACUUAAGCACAACUGCAUUUGUUGACAAAAUAGUGCAGCGGAAGGCAUAUAAAUGAUUAACUUAAAAACUUGCUACGAAAGAAAGUGACUGACAUUACUGAGAAAAUUGACAGCAAGUCAAUAGCUGUUCAAACUGCAGACAGGCCACCAAGUACAAGGGAUAAACAACGUAUAUUUGACUAAUUCGCACACGAUAGGGAUGUUCUGCUGAAGAUAAGCAAAAUUUGCGUAUCAGGCAUUAGAAACGCAAACAAGGAACGGAACGUAACAUCGAAAUGGAAGAGUUUAUGAGAACAAGAAAACGCAGCCGUGAAGAUGAUAUACCUUGUGAUUCCACGCCACUCUCUAAACGUAUCAACAAUUUACAUUUAAAUUAUGAUGAUGGGAAUAGCAACAGCAGCUGUAGUAAUCCAGGGAUAAUCAAUGACAACAAUAACUAUCUACCUACGACACCAGCUGGUAGUGGUGGUGAUGGAUCAUCCGAUGGCACCAAUUAUGAAUAUAAUCCGGAAUUAAAUGCAGAUCAAAAUCCAUACUACUAUGAGAAAAACAAAAUUUUAUACGAUCUGCAUGCUGAGCGUGUAAAACGUAUCAAUCUUUAGGUUCAGGUGAUAUUACGCAGUUGACUCAACUUGUACUAAAUACGUUACUUUACUUUACUUAACUACAAACAUCAAAAUAACUCAUGGAUAUAAUUAUAAAAGAAACAGUAAUUGCUAUAUAAUGUUCACCAUGUUUGCCUUUGAUAGUGCCAAUAAUUCAAAGAAAAAUCUCAGAUGGAAUUAGUAUACCAGUCAUUUAGUUGCUCACAUUCAUUUCAAACAAUUAUGUAAAUUACUCUUAGUUAGUUUAUUCAAGAAAUUGCUACUAAAUGUGAUCCAUAUAAUAUAAAACCUAACCUAUUGUAAUAGAACAUUAAACUUAAAAACUCACACGUGAAGCUUGAUAACUUGUAAUAAAGUAUAAU